AUGACCUCCCCAUCACCAUCACAUCCAUCCUCCUCCUCCUCGCCAUCAACUCUCCCCUCCUCGCCCUACCCCUACGCCUCCGCCCCAGACAUCAUCCGCGCCCACCAGAAAGACGCAUACUACAAGGGCCACCUCUCAAACACCCUCACCUCCCUCCACCGCCUCCUCCUCGGCGCCCGCUCCGCCCACUCGGCCACCGCCCUCCACAGGCUCCUCGCAGACACUCUCUACCUUGGCCUCACCACCCUUCCCGGGAACCGCACCCUCGGCGAGGAGUACUGCGACCUCGUCCAGCUCCACGUCGGCUCCGACGAUACCGACGACCCUUCCGGCGCCCUACCGACCUUGGCCCGCCGCGCAUCCUACAUCGCGACCUCCGUCCUCCUCCCCUACGUCGCAGGACGCGCCCUCCCCACCCUCCGCGCCCGCCUCCGAACCCUCCUCGAGCCGUCGACCUCUUCAAAAUCCUCCUCAAAAACAACAUCCAGAAAAGACGCAAUAAAAGCCUACCUCGCCACGAACCUCCCCUCCCUGACCUCCGCAGCGCCCAUCCACGCAGCGACCCUCGCAAUCUUCUACUUCACGGGAACCUACUACGAGCUCGCCAAACGCGUCCUCGGCCUCCGCUACGUCUUCACCCGCCGCGUCCCCGACUCCCCCGACCGCGCAGGCUACGAGGUCCUCGGCGUCCUCCUCGUCGCCCAGCUCGCCGUGCAGUCCUACCUGCACAUCCGCUCCACAAUCUCCGACGCUGCUGCUGCCGCGGCGGCGGCGGCACGCACACGCUCCAACAGUAGUUCCUUGUUAGACGUCUCCCUCGACGCAAACGCCUAUGCCGCAAACACGGGGCUCCUCCUCACCGAGACAGGAACACCAGGCGGCAACGGCGCAGGGAGCAGCAAAGUCGACAUCUCCGCCGUCACACACACGCCCGUCAUCGCCUCAGCAGAUGCCUCCAGCGAACCCGGCGCGCGCUUCGAUUUGAGCGACGAAAAGACAAUGGCCUACAUUUCCGGCGCCGCGCAGAGGAAAUGCACCCUCUGCCUCGAGGAACUUAAAGACCCGUCCGCCACGCAGUGCGGGCACGUGUUUUGCUGGACGUGCAUCGGGGACUGGGUGCGUGAGAAGCCAGAGUGUCCGCUUUGUAGACGGGAGGCUAUGGUGCAGCAUAUUCUACCGCUGCGGAUUGCUUGA